GCCGCCUUUCGCCGAUGUCAAAAAGAGUCCAAAAGAAAGCAAACCCGCAAUCGACGCUCGCUUGAUUUCAGUGAAGAACCGAAAAAAAGUGUUCAAUUUUCGUAUAAUUCCCGCGGGUUGUUCCCCUCAAAAUGACCGCCGACGGUAGUGAGUCCGCGACGCGAAUCAAAGCCGAACGCGGCCGCAGCCAGGACUCGGACGGGGACGCCUUUGUGAGCCAAAACAGCAGCAGCGGAACGCCGUCGAAGGAGGCAGGUGCGGGUGCGGGACGAGGUCGGGGUGUUAGGGGAAAGCUGGUUUUUGAAAAGGACAAGGCCAGCUUCCUGCAGGACCUGCAGCUGUUUCACGACCGGAAUGGGACGCCUUUUAUGCGGCUGCCGAAAAUCGGAGGUCGGGACGUGGAUUUGCACCGGCUGUAUUCGGUGGUAGUGGCUCGGGGUGGGUGGUUAAAGGUGAAUUCCCGCGAAGAUUGGGAUGAGAUAAUUGAGGAGAUGGCGCUGCCGAAGCGUUGCGUGAACAACGAGAUCGCGCUGAAGCAGAUCUAUAUCCGGUUUUUGGAUAAGUACGAAAAAGUCAAUUUUCAUGGUGAGGAGAAGGAUCCGACGGAGGAAGAGGAUGACGAGAAGCGGCACAAUCGGCGGUGGUCAGCGCGGAUGUUGCACUCGGUGCCGGCGGUUUACAACCAUCAGCAGCAUUACGUGCCGGAAGUGAUGCGGGGACAGUUGGGGAUGUCCUGCGAGUUGUACAAGCAUUCGGAGUACGACAAGCUGAUUCUGUCGCUGUUGUCGCCGCUGCCAAACGAGCAGGACUUCUCGAUCAACGUGUGCACGCUGAUGUCCAACGAGAGCAAGCACACGCUGAAGGUGGAUCGAUGUCCGAAGCUUAUUACGGUUCUGCUGGCGCACGCCGGAGUUUUCAACCAUUUCUCGCUGCGGGAUAUGUUUGACGAGUAUUACGCAAACAUCCGGAAGAAUAGCUUGCACCGCUUUUGGAAGGACUGUCUGUACGAAAAGCCGCAGGUUCUGGAGCUUUCGUAUUCGGAUUACUUCCAGAAGUUGGAACGGGAUCCGACAAACCUGAUCAAGAAUAUCUACGGGGAAGAUCUUGACAAAGACGAGGACUGUGGUCAGCUUGAGAUGGGAACGCUUAGGUCUUUUCUAAGCUUGGGUUCUGGACUGGGCACUAAUGAUUACAUCGGCCAACGGAUACUUCAAAUCGCUUCAAUAUUCCGGAACUUAAGUUUCAACGAUGAAAACAUCCUGGUGCUUGGAAAACACAGGCCAUUCCUUCGAUUCUUGAUCAUGCUGUCCAACUCCCGGUGGGGCAAUCUUCACCACAUGGGUCUCGACAUGUUGGGCAACGUUUCCGUCGAAAUCGACAUCAACGAUCCUCAGACGGACGAGAUAACGCGUAGUCUGCUGUCCACGCUUUGGGAAGGACUGGAAGGAGACGAUCGUGGCGUCAUCAUCAGCUGUCUGGAAGUGCUCAGCAAAAUUGCCCAAAAAGAAAGCAACGAAGACAACCUGAACCGCUGCCUAAAUCAGGAAAUUUACGACCAAAUCUGCCGAUAUCUUUCGCUGAGCGACAUCAUGCUUCUGCUCUACACCCUGGAAUGCAUCUACUCGCUAACCUCGAUGGGCGAAAAGCCGUGCAACUCUAUCAUGCACGUCACCGGAAUCAUCGACACGCUCGUUUCCCUCGUCACCGUCGAAGCGCAAAGUUACGGCCCGGACGCGUGCAUCCUCAUGCGAGUCGUCGAAACCAUCCCCGGCAACCUCGCCGGAACCUAUCCAGGAAACCAUUACCACAGCACCGGCCCUGUCCCACCACCGCAAGCACCGAGCAUGGCCCAACUCACGGUCCAAAACAAGGAGCAACCGCCGAUACCCCUUCCAAACAUCCCCGCCCUCCCAGGACUACCCCCUUCCCCAAAAUCCGCAACCCCACCCAUCUCAACCGCACCAACCCCCGUCCAAGUAACCAGCGCAACCCGCCCAGCCACUUCCCAAUCGCCUCAAAUCCCAGUCAACGUCAUCCCCAAACCCCCAUCAACCCCAACCGCCCCCGCACCUCCAUCAACCACCCAACCCACAACCGUAGCGGCCAAGCACGCCCUCCAGCAGCAGUCCCAGGAGAACGAACAGUUUGCCCUGGCGUGGCUCCGCGCCACCUUCGAACCGACCCCCUCGCUGGCGAACCGCAUCGAGCAGGCCGAACUGUACAAGCUGUAUCUGGCGGCGAACGCCAAAAUUGGCCGCAAAGCCGUUGUCCCGCAGGUGCACCUGCCGCGCUGCGUGCGCACCGUGUUUGGAGGGACGGUGGGACCGACGCAGGUUAAGAGUCAAGCGGAGGGGGGAGGAGAGACGGUCAGCUUUUACUACGAAGGGAUUAGGUUGAAGGCGAAACCGGCGGUGGCGACGGCGGGAGGAGUACCGUCGCAAAAGGUGGUGAACCCGCCGGCCCAGCUGCUGCAGCAAGUGCUAAACUCGAACCAGAGCGGCGAAACCAAGAACGUGAUCGUGGUCAACCAGACGACCAUCUCGCCGCAGCCGUUGGGGACGAUCGUGGCGCCACCGCAGCCACCCCAGCAGACCACAGGCACGACCACCAUCAUGAACCAGUCCGGUACGAUCUCGUCCACCACGACGAACCCGUCGGCGCUGAUCAAGAGUUUACUCGCGAACAAGGUAACGACGACGACGACGAUGCCGAGUUCCGAGUCCGGCACUGGCGGCAAUCUCGUAGUCGUCACGUCCUCCACUAGCAGUAGUUUGUCGUCUACUACCACUAGCAUCAACCCAUCUACCACUAGCAACUGUUUGAUUGCAUCGAAUGUUAACGUGCAUCAGGUCGCCCAACGACAGCAGCUUCUCAAGCAGAAACAGCUCAACGCUGCCGCCGCCCAGCUGCCCAACAGCUCCGUCGUGGUCACGUCCAACAGUCCGAACAAUCUCACCAACAUAAAGGUCGGCAACUCGACCAUAUCGAUCAAACCGGGCACGCUCCCAACGAACACGGUCAUCACGGCGACCCAACAACCCCAGGAGCUGCAGCCACCCCCGCUGGCGCCGUUGAGUCAGCCCGGUGGAGGGGCGGUGAUUAAGCCGUUGACUACGAACAAGUUGUUGGCCGAUUUGUUGGACAAGAAGACGAACGAUCCGCCGGUGUUUGCCAUUGGGGAGACUACGGUGAAGCGAAAGAGCGACGUCGAUGGGUUGGAACCGCCGAACAAGAAGAUUGACUUGAUGACUGGGGUUGAGGAGGUUAAGGUAACGCCGAAGGCUGCCGAUUUGUACGCCGAGCUGGCCGGUUCAAUAUUGGAGGGAGAGGAUUUGGAGGAUGUUGAAAUGAAGGUUGUUAAGGAAGAAGUGAAAGUUCAGCCGGCGCCAGCACAGCCCCAGGUGAUUACGGUGCCAAUGCCGAUGCAGCGUCAGAUAAUCAUGAAUCCGAACAAUCCGCAGCAAAUGUUGUUGUCACCGGGUGGGACGGGGCAGCAGUUGACCACACAGACUACGGCUACGAUUAAAACGGAUACGGGGUAUCAAACGGUGCCGAUUAUUAUGCAGCACAAUCAAAGUCCGAUUCAAAUUCAGAAGGCGGCUCCCGUAAUGCAACCGACGGUCAUUGGAAACCAACAACAGCCAACGCAGUACAUUCUUGCUACCAACCCUCAAGGACAGACGUACGUCGUGGCUCAACAACCGCAACCACAGCCACAGCUACAGCAAACUGUGCUUCUGACUCAGAAUCCUCAAACGGGCGCUCAGCAGAAAACCAUCAUCAUUCUUCAGCAGCAACCUAACGCUGGUCCGCACAUCCAAGGUCAACAGAUUGUUCAAACACAGCAGCAGACGCCGCAAAAGGUGUUUGUGAAUCAGCAAGGACAGCAGAUCAUAAUGACGCAAGUUCCGCGCCAAGUUCAACAUCAGGUAAUUGUCAGCCACGCCGGUACGAACCCAUCUGGCACAGCAACCGUCGUGGGACCGACCAUCGAGAAGAAACCCAUUUACAUUACUACGAACUCACAGGGAAAUACGAUCAGUAUCGACGGCCAAACCCAGCAAAUCAUCAAAACCAAUCAACCGGCAACGCAGAUCAUUCAGCAUCUGGGAGGAACUCCGCAGCAGCAGCAGCAGCAAAGUCAGCAGAUUCAGCACCUUCUUCAACAGAGCGGUUCCCAAACGAUUCAAAUUAUUCAACAGCCUCCACAGCAGCAACAACAGAUCGUAGCACAACCCUCACAAAUUGUAAUUCAAGCUCAGCCGCAUCAGCAGCAGCAGCAGCAAAUGCAGCCUCAAAUCAUUUCGCAACAAAUAAUCCAGCCUGCAACGGUCCAACAACCCCAGAUGGUUCAAAAAGUGAUUCAACAGAAGCUCAUUCAAGUCCCUCAAUCUCAGCCACAGCAAAUUAUGACGAUGCAGGCGAAACAGACCGUACCCGCGCAGCAACCUUCAACGAUCACGGUUACAAAGCAGACCGUGCCAGCCCCAGUAGCUCAACCGACUGCAGGAUCUCUGCCAACUAAAACGAUCAUCGGUACUACUCCGCAAAAGCAAAUGAUUCAGGUGGUUCAGCAGAAGGCGGCCGCUAAUCCGCCGAUCAUUGCUAAACCGACUCCACCAAACCAACCGGCAGUUGAACCUGCACCCCAGAAAGGUAACACGAACUCGUCAAACACGCCAACUACUUCUUCAACACCUGUCUCCUCUACGACUAACACCACUACAACUUCAACGUCUGAGCCUUCUGCGACCCCUGUCGCGCCAAACCCUCCACAACCCGUAGCAACUCCCACUAAACCAUCUUCCUCAGCUUCUACAACCGCUACCGUCGUCGGCGCAACUCCCACCACAAACACGCCGGUGGCUCCCACCUCCAGCUCCAGCAGCAGCUCGUCGAUCCAGAUGAUCCCGGCGAUGGAUCCGGCCAAGGCCGUCGACGAAGACGUGGACGCGAGCUGGCCCUGGGUGUGCGACUGGCGCGGCUGUCCGCGCAAGAAGUUCGCCUCGGCCAACGAGGUGUACAAGCAUGCCUGUGCCGUGCACGCGCCCGAGAGCCUCGAAUCCAGCUCGGACAUUUACUGCCAGUGGGGACCGGGCCCGAACCUGUGCGAUAACCUCCCGCGGAAGCGCUUCUCGCUCAUGACACACAUCUUCGACCGGCACUGCACCAGCGAGUCCUUCAAGUCCGCCGUCCAGCGACGGGUGGCGAACGCCACCGCCGGAACGCAACAGCCCCAGCAAGCCUACCCGGUGACGCUGGUCCGCCAACCGGCCGGAACUCCGCCCGGUUCGUCGGCAUCGUCAACGACCUCGGAGUCCGCGCCACUGCCAGCGGCGACUACGACAACAACAACGCAGGGUCCGCAACUUCCCGGGCACAUGUCGGCCGUUGGACCGGCCGCGCUGCAUGCCAUCAAGCGUCACGCCAUCGACUGGGUUAACGCCAAAGAGUUUCAGGAUGAUAUCGAGGGUCCGGUCACGAAAAGUAUUCGACUUACGUCGGCGCUAAUUCUACGAAAUCUGGUCGUCUACAGCAACACUGCUAGAAGGAACCUGCGAGCCUACGAGCCUCAUCUAGCCGGAGUAGCCAUGAACAAUGUGGAGGCCAGCCGCACUAUUUCGCAGGUUCUGUUUGAAAUGAACGAUACCAAUCUGAAUUCUAAUUUUUAAGUGAAAAAAAGUGCAAAAGUGACGAAUUGUGACAAGUAUAAAAUGUGCUUUUAAAAAUAUCUAUCAGUAAUUGUAUUGUGGCACACUUUUCUCAGUUGAAUGUCAAACUUAUAAUAUAAACAAAACUAAUCGUUUAUCCCAAACAUACAUGCACGUUGAACAGUUGAGCCCAAAUCAUUACAAAUAAAUUCUAUUAAAAAGGUAA